AACCAAAGCUCCAACUGUUUAGAGGUCAGUUUUCAUACUAGUGCUUCCAGAGGAGCUUGUUUAGGAAAUGAUGCCACCCAAGCAUUAAAUUUUCAGAGUUUCCCACAUGAUGAAUGUUUCGAUGAUCAAGAAAGUCAUCAAACAAGGUUUCCAAAUCUAUGUCUUGAAGUAGUUAGGGGAACUGCUAAUGAUCUUGCAAAAUCGACCAGAAAUUUCAAACCUUCGGGUCUCCGAAUGCCAUCACCAAGGAUUGGGUUCUUUGAUGAGGAUGCUAUAAAGAAUGGUGAAGCUAAUUCAUUUCCUCAUAAGUCACCCAAGAUAUUAAGCAAGAUGAACAUGGCGUCAGCAGGACAAAGAAAAAAGAUUUCCUUAGGUGCGGACCAUGUCAAAAUGGGAAAUAAAGUUGCAACCCUUGGAUCUGGGAAAGAUUUUAUAUUAUCCAAGAAAUCUGGAUUGGGAAACUCAUGUUCCACUAGCUCUACAACAUCCCUCGAAUCAUCUUCUUCAGUUUCUGUCACUACCAAUAGUGCUUCGUCGUUGAAAUCUUCCUCAAACUCAAGAAGAAAAGCAGAUUCCAGGAAAAGUAGUAUUGUUGCCUCUAGUUCAACCUCCAAGACUCCUCUCAGGUGCUCACUAGGAGACAAUAUUGUGUUGGAAAAUCCUGGUUUGUCAACCCCUUCAUUGUCCAUGUCAAACCAUUCUUCUUAUGAAUCACCUGCUAGCUCCAUUGAUGGAUGGUCCUCAGAAUCAUCAUCAACUGCCAACCAAAGCUCCAACUGUUUAGAGGUCAGUUUUCAUACCAGUACUUCCAGAGGAGCCACCCAAGCAUUAAAUUUUCAGAGUUUCCCACAUGAUGAAUGUUUCGAUGAUCAAGAAAGUCAUCAAACAAGGUUUCCAAAUCUAUGUCUUGAAGUAGUUAGGGGAACUGCUAAUGAUCUUGCAAAAUCGACCAGAAAUUUCAAACCUUCGGGUCUCCGAAUGCCAUCACCAAGGAUUGGGUUCUUUGAUGAGGACAAAGCUAUGUUGUCGACGGUAGGUAGAGAUUUCCAGUUUCAUUUUGGAGCGCAGAGUGCUUUGCCUAAUAUCAGUGGGGUGACAAACAGAAAAAGGCCGGAUAAACUUCAGACUACUGGAAUUUUACUAGAGAAUGGGGAUACAAAGCUUGGUUCUGUGCAAAAUGGAGUGAUAAAUCCUUCUUUGAAUGCCAUUCGCAGAUAUGCAGCACAGAAUCAAGAGCUAGAUAAAAAUUCCCCAAAAUUGUCCAGCACGUCUGCUACCUCGAGAAAUUUACCAGGGAAAACUUCAAAAGGUCAGACUGAUACAUCUCCUCAAUUGUGCAGAGAAAAUUGCUCAAGAUCUAGUAAAGUUAUUGAUGGGGGACAUAAUUCAAAAAAACUAGGCCUGCAUUCUAGUUUGAAGGCAGAAAGGAAAAGAACAGAAGGGAUAUUGAAAAAUGAAAUGGGUGGAGAGAGCAAGAGGCCAAUGACGAAAGAGCAUGAAAGGGCCAGCAGGCGCCCUCUUGAGAAUGACCCUCAUUCACUUCAUGACAACGAAAAAGAAAACAUACCUAGUUUUGGAGAUCAUGUUAAUGGUUUAAAUAGAUGUUUGGAGGUCAUUGAUCUCAACAGGGGCGUGGUGAUAGAGCUCGAAGGGAAGAGGGGUUGCUCUCAUUCCCACCUUGGUGACAAUUUCGCUGAAAAUGACAGAGCCCCCAUAUAUAUAUCAUCCUUCUCUAAGGAGUACCUUUUUCCCCGCCAGCAGGUUUCACCAAAUUUGCUGUCAAAGACUGGACCACUCUCUCUUUCGACAACAGUUGAGUUCAUGCCCAGCACAAGAACUCCAUUGGCAGACAAAAAUUCUGCUCCCAUGUAGCAGCAGAUUAAUUCAGGUUUAUAACAGAAUCAGAAUCAACAGUAGACAAGGCAGUGGAAAAGGUGUCAAAACACUCCAUUACAUGGCAUUGGAGAUCAGAUUUUUAUUUUUUAUUUUUUAUUUUAUUAUCUGAAGCUAGGAUUAACAUUUCAAGGCAUGGGCCUCUGUUCUAUAUUUCUCUCACCUGAGUUUAUUAAUCUUUAAGUUGGUUCUUCUGUGAACACUUCCCAUAUAUUAGCAAAUUGUCUGAUCAACCUUGUCAUUUAGUGUUUUUUGAUUGUGCAAGAGUUUAAUUGGAUUGGAGUUCAUAGUACUUGUAUAGGAAAAAUUGUUCCUGAAUAAACACAUACUAUUUGUCAGAUCAGAUAUAAUAAAUGUGUUGGAUUUCUCAUC